AUGUGCAGCCGUAUCAAGAGGGUUCUUGGCACUGCUCCCGGCGAACAACCGCAGCCUUCCGAGCCCAAUCUAGCCUCCCGACCAGCUCCCAAGCUUGAAUUACCCAAGCCAGCGCAGCUUAAGGCCAUCCCUGAACUCCACCCGGUCCCCAAGCCUGCGACAGAAGAGGGAUCGGGUCAAAAUAUCCCCAGCGCAGAGCAACAGGAGCUCAUAAAGAAGCCACAGCCAGAAGAAACCGUGGUCGAAGAGACGGCGAGCGACGCCGCUUCAGCCCCGGAUGCCCCAAUGGCAGCCUCGUCGACAAGAUCUCCGGUGGUCGGAGAGAAAGUGGUACCCGAAGUUCCUCACCAAACAGUGGGUAGUGGACACCAAAAAUCGGACAACACGCCAACUGCGGAAGCCACGCCUGGGGUUCCAGAAAAGGCAGCGCCACCCAAAUGCGUUGUCUUCGAGGAGCCCGAGGAGGAUACGCCUCCCGUCCACGGACUGGAUACGACGGCCACGAAAGACAAACCGAAUGAAGUUCAAGAACCCAUGGAGCCGACCGCCGAACAGAACCUAGCUUCUCUCGACACCUUGCCUGGGGUCCCUCGUGGGGAGCCUCCUCGACGGUCCUCAAAAACGCCGCCGCCACCGUCGUCCCGGAAGGUGACAAUUGCUGAACAACCCCAGAGCGCUCCGGCUUCCAGCCAUAGCUCUGUGGUGCCUUUUGCGUCGGUUCGGCGCUUUGCCAAGAACUGGACUCUGCCUUCCUUGAGACAUGCUCGUGCGCCCGCCACUUCGCCAGAGCAGGAUGCUGCGCCUCAGCAAGAGCAGGAACAAGGAGUGAUUCGGGGUGAACCAUCGGAUGUCGCGGCUCCAAACGAGAAUGUCGCUUCUCGCAAGGACUCGGCGUUCACACUUGGGUCCAAAAAGGGAGCGACAGAUGCCUCGGCCCCCAAGCCCUCUGACACAACUCCUGCGAACGUCGCAUCGAGUGCCUACGACGACCCGAAUCUAGGAGCUCCCGUCAUAGCAGAGCGCGUCGCGGUGCUGUCUGACGACCUUCCUGAGCGCCAAGAGCAGCAAGGAUUGGGCGCAUCGGGGCAGCGAAAUAACCCACAGGGACAGCUGCAACCCCGCGAUAUUAGUGCGACAGUGGAUGGGUCCUCUACAUCGGCUAUGCCUACACCUUCACCACCGGGCGUGGUUGUGGUUACGGGGGAGCAUCCAUCGCUCUUGGUCCUCAACACGAAGCCAAGAAGGUUGGAUAAGGCUCGGUAUUACAGCCCCAAGUGGAUUGUGAAGGCGAGCAUGGGGAGGAAGGCUGCCGAUGAGGUGUGUUUCAGGAUUCGAGCGGCGCAGGCGGGUGUCAGGUUGGAAACUGCCCGCUAG